CGAGAAGUCAUGUUUGCUGUCAGGUGCGGGCAAUAUGGAUGCCCUUCCGUGACCUUGGGUCCAAACCCUGAUGACCCUAGCCAAAAAACUACUGCAGGGGCUUGAUGACAGUAGUGAUGAAAAUGGAUUUCCCGUUAUUCAAGAUGAAGAUUUUCAAGCUUCAGUUCCGAACCCCCUUCUUGAUGUUAGCAAUUUAGUUUCAAACGAACUUACGCUGAUAUCAAAUAUUGUUAAAAGUGAUGUUUCAAAGUCGUCAUAUUAUCAUGAAAGUUCGGAGCUAUACCAAUUGCUGGAUUUAUUGGUUAGAAGUUUUGAAAACAUCAUUAGUAAACACGAUGACCUAAUUAAACAUCUAGUUACAAUGGAUAAGGAAGAGUCUUACUUACCAAUUUCACUUACGUCUCACAAAAAAGCAGUUGAAACGAUUAUGUCACUGGACUUUUGUUUAGCUAGUCAGUCUUUAGCUACAAGCUCGUUCAAUCUCCGAAAAAGACUUAUGGAGUUAGUCUUGGAUUCGGUAAUUUUUUAUCAGUAUAUCAUUUAGAUUAUGGUUUGUAGGAAAACAACAUUGAGAAGUUAACAAGUUUCAAUCAGAAUUUGUCUUUACUAGCCUGUCAGCUUAAUGAAGCUAGUAAUUUAUUAAAUGAUAAUAUGGAUGAACCUUUCACUACAUGAAAACAUAAGGAAGGGCAGAAAUAUUGUAUAUAUUAACUGUUUUUAGUUCAAAUUGUAUACCAUUAAUAUAUGUAUAAGUUAUUAGCUUUGUUGCAAUAUGUUGGUUAUUUUAUUAACAGUAUUUAUUGUGCUCUAUCUGUUAUUGAA